GGUAAAAUAGGGAAAACCAGAAAAACUCUCGCAAACGUUUCUUCCUCCGUCGUCUCUCGAUCCCUCUCUUCACGUCCUGACCGCUUGCUAGAUUCAAGCUUCAAACCCCUAAUUGUUUUUACGAAUCACCAUCGCCUUGAGCUCAGAUUCAGAUUCGAGGAGCUUCUAAGUGCUUCAGUGAUCAUCAGAUACAAUGUCAGCUUUGUUCAAUUUCCAUUCAUUUCUGACGGUGGUGCUGCUUGUUAUCUGCACUUGCACUUAUCUGAAGAUGCAGUUCCCUGCCAUUCUUGAGCAGAAGACUGGGUUUCGAGGAUUCUUUUGGAAGGCUGCUAGAAUAGGUGAGCGUUUGAGCCCUUGGAUGUCCGUGGGAUGCUUCAUGAUGGGUGUCUCCAUCAUUUUCUUUUGAGUCUCGACUUCUCACAGUGUAGAUUUUACUUCUUUGAGAUACUCAGUUUCCUGUAUGCAAGGGUUUCGAUGAUAAAGGGAUAUAUUCUCUUAUGGAUGAUGGGUUGGUCUUUGUAUUUGGAAAUUUUUAUGUGAAGACUUAAAAGUCUAUAAGCCGAACUGUAGAACAUAAUGACUUUGGAGCCAUCAAAACAAGUUUUCUUCAGUUGG